UUAUAAAUCUUUAACAACACUAUUUUUAAAUAAAUAUUCCCGCUCAACUAUCACGUGAAAAAUUAAUAUGGCAUCCUUUACUAGACUUUCUGUGAUCAGAUUACUCGAACUGGCAAUAGUAUGCUGUAUUAUCGGGCUCCACUGGCAUUCAGAAAAUUUCGGUGACUUGCCCACUCGUUUUAUAUCUACCGGAACAGCUGGAGGAUAUCUCAUUAUUCUUGUUGGUUUGUUUGCUGGCGGUUUGAUGGGAACACCAGUUAAUCGACGAGUGGAUUUGUUCUUCAGCCUAAUCGGGUGCGCAUUGUUCAUCGCAUCAGGAGCAUUAGUAAUCGAUGCGUUUGAUAAAGUUGGAUACCGAAGCGCUGCGCGUGAUCGAGGUCUAGCACGUGGUUCUUUGUGCAUUAUCGAAGGAGCACUGUUUCUCGUCGAUGCCAUUCUUACUUUCCGUGGAGAGGCUUAA